AUGACUAAGAAAUACUAUGCUUUUUGUAAAAUAUUAGACUAUGGAGUAAUUAUCUGCUGGCGUUUAAAUCCUGAUCUCCGGCUAGAGAAUUAUAGAUCUUAUAUAGAAGACAUCUGGUGGUUCAAAGGAUUAAAGUCUAGCGAAGUAUUAAAUAUAAUAAUAGAUGAAAUAGAAUCUGAUAACAAAAACCUGUAUAUUUUAAAUUUUUCUGGUCUAGCUGUUCACCUCGAACGGGGGAAUUGGUGUUGUAAAAUUAGUAAAAUAUCUAAUCCUAAUCCUAGCUAUCUUGGUAUCUAUGCUACUACUAAGAAUCUGACUCUACGCAGGAACUGGGAUGAUAAGAUUAUCAGCUACUUAUAG